AACGAUCGAUAUCUCUGGAGUUUGAGCUACGCUAUCUGGAAUUUAUCGUGCGUAAACACAUUCGCUGUGGGUUACACAAAGAGUGCCACUGGCUAAAUGGCUAUUUGGUUAAAGGAAACCAACUGAAGUUUUCGGUGACCAUAUGUUUUUAACGCGGGGAUGUGCUCACCUUGGCACCAGGAAGUAUGCUUUUAACAACACCCCUUUUUACCCAGCCCACGAGUAAAAACUAUCCUUCAGACCGUUGACAUAGUAGGGCGAGGCGCUGCAGAUGUAUCUACAUAGGUGCUAUCAGUUUGUGUUUGGCGGUGUAGGCUACAAGGUUUUAACCACCUCGAGAAGUCCGUCGUGGGAAAUGUUUGCAGCGCUUUGAAUAAUUGUACGGAAGCGGAGUGUUGACCAGCAGUAACCUAUGCGUAAAGCAAGGAGUGCAGAGAUCGCCGUUUUUGGGGAAGAGAACAGACAGCAGUCAAAGAGUUAUGAAGAUUCAUGGGAAGAUUCUGAGCCAUUACCUCUCCUGCAGUUCAUCCCCGGACAAAGAAGGAUAUCUGUACAAAAAGGGCGAGGUGAACACGUCCUAUCAGCGGCGCUGGUGCAUCCUGAAGGGGAACCUGCUGUUCUACAAGGACCGCGCCAGCGAGCGGGACCUGGUGGGCGUCAUCGUGCUGGAGGGCUGCUCCGUGCAGCUGUGCGAGUCCGAGGAGAAGUUCGCCUUCUCGCUGGUGUUCAGCGAGCCGGGCCUGCGCACGUACAAGUUUGCGGCCGAGGACCAGGCCGGCCAGGAGGGCUGGAUUAAAGCCUUGCUGUCGGCCAACCAUGGCUACCUCGCACUGCUGGUGAAGGACCUGCAGGAGCAGUACCUCGAGGCUGCUCGUGCAGCUGGAGAGACGGCAGCAGACCCGCAGCGCCUGGGGGACUCUGGAGGCCUCAUGUCGGGGUCCAUCUUCUACACUGCCCCGGGGGCAAGAGACUCUGUGGACCCGGCCGCUCCACAGCAGCAGCAGCAGCUGCUGCUCCUCAACGCACCCACCACCGCCAAGGCGGCCAAUAAGAAGUCUCCAAAGCUGUGGCCCAAACGGAACGCGCUGGUCGCCCCAAUCAAUGGCCCCGUCCCGCCUCAGGGGGUGUGGUCAGAACCCACGGACGACUUUGUGCAAAUGCACGAGGAGUACGGGAAGGAAGUGAAAGAACUGAUUGCUGAUUGGUCGAAGAGGAAACAGGAAGAGGCUUCAGCGCAGGGUGAUUUGAUUGAUCUGAGCUGAUACCAAAAUGGAGCAUUAAUACGUCAGAAUUAUAAAGAUAUAUAUAUACACCAUAUAUUUUUUGAAUAUUUAAGAACUUAAAAUCAAAAUUGUAAAUGGAAAUCUGUAUUACCAAGGAAUUCAUAUUAAUUGUAAAGUCUUUCCAGACUUUUUGUUUUUGUUGUUGUUGUUGUUGUUUGUUUUCAUUUGCAUAUAUCAACAGAUGGCAUAGGUACUGUAAUGUUCUUAAUAUGCACUAAAUUGCACCUGAUGUUGAAGUCCCAACACUGCAUGAGUUGGUACUGUGACACAAGGACAGAAGUUGAGUGGCUUGGUGCCCCAUAGAGUGGGGACCAAGCACACCGUGGCUCCCUUGCCGUGGUCUGGUAGCAGGUGCCAUCGGGAGACAGUCAGAGCCAGCUCUGUUUCAGGCCCGCCCCACAUCUGAUGGACAGGUCUACUGAAUCUGUGCCAGUUUAACUACACGUUUUUCAAAGUGCCAGUUCUUACAGUAAGACGUCUUGAGACAUAUUGGCAAAUUGAGAAGUAAUGCAAAGGUACAGUAACUGUGUUCACUGUGUGCUGUGUGUUCACUGAUUUGGUUAAAUUGGGUUAAAUGCAGAGAACUGAAUUUCCCUCACGGGAUCAAAAAAGUAUAUUCUUUUCUAUUCUAUUCUGAGUUUUUCAGGAGACUUGUACGUGACAGUGUGUUCUAUGCAAAUUAUUUUAAUGAUUAUAUUACAUUAUCAUAACUACUAUAAUCAUAAUUCAUGAACUUCACAAUAACAGAUUGAUGAACAGAUAGUGAACCAUUCAUGACUGUUUUCAAUAGGCUCUGUGACUAUGCAAAAUGUACCAUAAGCUAAAGAAUCGCCAAGACGUACAGUAUGUGGUGCCAAGUGGAUUUUAUAAAUGUGUUUUACCUCCUCCGCAGUCCCACUCCCACUGUCGUUGCCAAUGCAUAGGGGUUGCAGUGCAUCACCCAGCUGGCUGCUAUACAUUUAGGGUGCUUAGCGAGGUUACACAUUUCACUGUCCAACACGUUGGUGCUUGAUAAAUUCAAAAUUGCUAUGUAAAUGUAAUGAUGUCCCCUUACUGUAGGUUCUAUCUGACAUUUCUGUCAAAAUUGAGUUAAUUGACAUAUUCUUAUUCUGUGACAACUUCAUGAAUACGGGAGAGGUGUUUCUUGAAAUUGUACUUUUAAGCAUUUUGGAGGUUAUACCUAAAGAGGCUUACUCGACAUCAAUGUAAAUCUUUGGAACUUUAGAACUUUGAAGCUCAAUAUUUCAGAACUAUUCAGAAUGCAGAUAGAACCUUAUAAUUCUAAGGGGACGUUGUUGUUAAAAUAUUGUGCCAUUUUUUGAUUGGAUGACAUGUUGUUAUCAUGAAAAUCAGUUCAUUUGUGACAAGUUAAUUUGUUUAUUAGUCAAUUAUUUUAUAUUAUUUAAUUUUGAUAGCUAAAUUAUGUGUUGAUACAGACUAUUAUUUUAUUUGAUGCGUAUUUAUGAUCCUGAAAUUAUGUUUGCCGUAUAUGAGUUAUGUUAACUGUCACAUAUGUUUGAAUCCAAAUUUGCCAACCAAGCCAUUAAAGGAGUAGUUUCACAAUCACAGUAA